AUGCCUCGAUCAUUGAAUAAAGUACAGAAGAAAAUUAGCAAGAAGCGUGGCAAGGUCGACUCUCUCCAUGAGAACAGUCGAGACACGCAGCGCCUCCUCCGCGCCGGUAUGCGUGAGGAGAAAAUUGCCCGGCUUCACGCGGCUCGGAACAAGAAUCAUCAGCCUCAUCUGUAUCGAGUAGCAUUCUUUCAGGAGAUAGCCAAUCAGACCGACAAAUUGUUGGACGUUCCUGGGAUGCAAAAGCUCAUCGAGAGAUUUAUUCACCGCGAUGACGAGGAACUGUCGAGACUAAAGAAGGAGCGACGGCCGGGUCGUCCUUCUAGCACCCGCGAGGAUAUGCUUAAGCAAAGAAUGGCCCAGGAAGAGAAGGAGUGGGAGUCUGGAUUCUGGAUGCCAGACAUGGCAGAUGCAAUCAACAUGGAGAAAUUGAGAAACUGGAAUCAAGAAUGGGCAUCGCUCAGCCCAAUGCUUUUCGUGCGAAUCAAUCGGGCGGGUGUCAGACAUGAGUCGAGCUUCCCGCCUCGAGGUGCUGCAUAA